AUCUGAUUUCGCUCUUCUCACCACGAACAGCUGGAGUCGAUAUCACAGACACCAAUUGCCAAUUCCCAUGGCUGACCCUUUUGGCGCUAUUAUAAUGUUAUGAGACCUUGAAUACCAUAGCGCAUCGCGACCAUGAUCGAGACCGCUAUCAGCGUUGCCUUCUGGGCGUCAAGCUUGCUGACUGUGGUUAUUCUCCUCCUUCCCUCUCAGUACACUCCACAAGCCAAGCAGAAAGAUGGGCAGGACAAGGAGAAAGUCCGGAUACAGAUCCUUGUCCUAGGAGAUAUUGGCCGCAGUCCGCGAAUGCAGUACCAUGCCAUGAGCAUUGCUCAUCGUGGAGGCCACGUCGAUGUUAUUGGGUACCACGAAUCCGACCCUCAUCCUGACAUAAUCUCCAACCCAGCUAUUUCCAUCGUCCCGCUUCCUCCGCAUCCCGCCUUUCUUCAAACAAGCAACAAGCUGCUUUUCCUCCUCUUCGCGCCGCUCAAAGUUCUCUUCCAAAUCGCAUCGCUUUGGAUCUGUCUUGCAUACCGCACGAAACCAGCAAAAUGGAUGCUCAUCCAAAACCCCCCUUCCAUUCCGACUCUAGCAUUAGCGUCUGUUGUAUGCUUCCUCCGCCAGACAAGACUUGUCAUUGACUGGCAUAAUUUUGGCUAUUCAAUUCUCGCGCUGAAACUCGGGGAUCGACAUCCACUCGUCAGGUUAUCGCAGUGGUACGAGAAAGCCUUCUGCGGCACAGCAACUGCGCAUUUGUGUGUGACCAGCGCUAUGGCUCGGGUCUUGAAAGAAGACUUUGGGAUUACUCAAGCCCCCAUCCUGCCGCUACACGAUAGACCGGCGAGUCAUUUCAAACCUAUACUAGAUGAUGGGGAGAGGAUAAAAUUUAUAAAGUCUCUGCCAGAAGCCGCUGCAGUGAAGGCUGAAUUGGAGGCCGGGGAUGUUCGGGUGCUUGUCAGUUCAACAUCUUGGACGGCUGAUGAAGACUUCUCAGUCCUGAUCGAAGCUCUUUGUCGAUACUCUGAAACCGCAACCACCAAGAAAACCGCCCUGCCUAAAGUGUUGGCAAUCAUCACGGGCAAGGGACCGCAAAAGGAGAUGUAUCUCAACGAAAUAUCGGCCCGUAACAAAGCCGGAAGACUGAAAAAUGUCACUAUACAAACAGCCUGGCUUAGCACCCUGGAUUACGCGAAGCUUCUGGGCUGCGCGUCACUUGGUGUCAGCUUACACACUAGCAGUAGCGGUGUAGAUCUCCCUAUGAAAGUUGUGGACAUGUUUGGAGCUGGCCUCCCCGUUGUUGGAUGGAGUCGGUUCGAGGCCUGGCCAGAACUCGUGACUGAGGGUGUUAAUGGGCGUGGCUUUGGUAAUGCUGAGCAGCUUGCUGAGCAUCUCACUGAUUUAUUCAGUAAUCCAGAUAAGUUGCAAAUCCUGACAGAGGGCGCUCGAAAGGAGAGCUUGCGUCGGUGGGAUCAGGAGUGGGAUCCUAUUGCAGGGAAACUAUUUGGAUUGAUGGAUGCUAGUGAGCAGUAAUAGACACUUCUUCUAUAG